AUGAGCACAAUGGAAGAAAUUGAAGAAGAAGCUAAAGCAGCAGCAGAGAAAAUGGUGACGAAUAUGAUGCAACGACCGGGACAGUUAGAGAAAGUGGAGCAAUAUAAAAGAAGAAUCACACACAAAAAAGCUUCAAUUGAAGCUCAACUAAAAUCAGCAGUUCAAGGCAAAUUAGAUGGAGUAAGUGUUGGUUUACGACAGCUGCAAGAAUGUCUGGAUGAUGUGCAACAGAUUAGUUCAAAAAUGGAUGAAUUGGAAGAAUUGUUGAAAGGCGUACCACCAUUAGUAGCAUCACUACAAGCAGUACGAGAAGAAGACUGUCGUCACUCGCAGUAUGUGACUGCAAUGGACAGCUUAAAACAUAUUUUCACUGUCCCUGAAAGUGUUGCAAAAGCUAAACAAUGGAUUGGAGAAGGAAAAUUACUUCAUGCGCAUCAGUGCCUUAGUGAUUUGGAAAAUUCUAGAGAUGAUUUACUGUAUGAAUUACAUCGUUUACCAAACCAGUCCUCUCAUGACAAAAUUAUGUUGAAAGCAUAUUUUGAUGAUGUACAGGCAGUGUCAGAAUUACUGGAAAAACAAAUUAAACUUAUAUUAGCUAGGACAUUAAAUACUGUUAGAAAAGAACCAACGGUUAUUGUUACUGCUUUAAGAAUUAUUGAAAGAGAAGAAAAAAGGGACCAAAUGGCAUUACAGCAGCAAGACCAAUCCGGGUUCAUGCCACCAGGCCGACCAAAAAACUGGCGAAGUAUGGCUUUUAAAGUAUUGGAAUCUGCGGUUACUGAGCGUAUUGAAGGCACACGUGUGGACGAAAGAGAAGAUAAUAAAUUAUGGCUUAUUCGGUACUUAGAACUGACCCGGCAAUUGAUAUUAGAAGAUUUACGGGUCGUCAAAACUCUAUGUGUGCCUUGCUUCCCUCCACACUAUGAUAUAGUUAACAAAUAUGUUGAUAUGUAUCAUAAUUGUCUGUCGUCGAGUAUGCAAGAUGUUGUACAGAAUGGUUUGGAAGGUAAUGAAAAUGUCACACUUUUGUCGUGGAUUUUAAACACAUACCCAGGGUCAGAGUUAAUGGGAAGUACUGAGUUAAAUAUUGAUGUAUUAACAUUAAAGCCAUUACUGUCGAAGGAGAUAAUGCAGAAAUUAGAAGAUGAUUAUCUUCAGAAAAUGGAGUUGAACUAUCGAGAGUGGAUGGACAAGACUUUUGAAGCAGAACGCGCGGAGUGGGGCGGCGAGCGUUCCCCGGAAGUGGAACCCCAUACAUCUGCCUUCCAUACACACGCGCCGGUCAUCAUAUUCCAAAUGAUUGAUCAAAACUUGCAGGUUACAGAGACAAUCACUAAAGAGAUAACUUUCAAGGCUCUCCUACUGAGUAUUGAUCAAGUGACUCGCUUCGGUAACAUGUACAGGGAAGGUGUUAUACAAUUUAAGAAUACGCAUUUCGCGGAUCGUUCCCGCGUUGUGUACUUCACGCAUCACAUGAUAACUAUCGUCAACAAUAGCGAGCAAAUGGUUCGACUCGCCCAACAGACGCAAGCCCGCCAUUGGCCACCCGGAAGACAUGAUCCCGCCGCGGAAGAUAAGUUUAAUAAGAUGCUGGCCACCUUCCAGAAUUUGCGGGAUGAAGCAGCAAAAUUCUUGCUCGAAGAAGCGUUUUUAGAUUUAGAAGAACACUUUAAUGACCUCUUCACCGCUAAGUGGCUAUCUACAACAAUUCCCGUAGACACUAUUUGCGUAACAUUGCAAGAUUAUUUUCUAGAUUACAACCAUUUGAGGGAGAAAAACUUUGAUUACGUAAUAAAUGAAGCUCAGAACUUGGUUUAUCGAAAGUAUAUAACGGCCAUGUUGUCUAAGAAGGUGACUUUUAAGGGCGUGGAAGAGGCUCAACAGGCUGCGACGAAAAUUGUGAAAGAGGCGAACCAAAUUCGCGCGUUCUUUAAGAAGAUCAAAGCUCAGGCCAUCGCAGCGGAAGGGAUCAAUGUGGACUGGCCCUUUGAGGUUAUCUCCACAUUAGCUGAGGUACUACGGUGUCAAGACAUCGAAAUGCUGUCGUUAGACUUACACGGUGUAGUUGACAAAUGUCCAGAAGUUACUGAAGAGCAAUUAGCCCGACUUGUGUCCCUCCGAGGGGAUGUUCCGCGUGCCCACAUUAGGGACACUGUAGCUCAUGUGUGUGCUACUAAGAGACCCACGCGGCCUUCAACUAACCCACCACUUUUUAAAAAUGUAACCUUCAAUGAUAGGCUUCUUUCACACUUUACGCUGUAG